AUGCAUACUGACCAAUAUUUUUGUCCCGAACUUUUCUCAACUUCCGCGCUCGUCGGAGCUGAUCGUACAAUUACGUUUCAAAGAACAGGGAACAUCCCAAUUUCCAGUUCUUUUCAGCGUUGCGAUCAGAUUCUCUCCAUCAUGGCGCUGCAUUUGGGUGCUCGCACGCUGGGCCUGGGCAGGCUGGUUCAGCAGGUUCUCAGGCCUGCCAGCGUCGCCGCUUUUCAGGCAGAACCCGGUCAAUUGCUAGCGGAAUGCAACGUGACAGACAGCGUUUACGCAGAGGGCACUGGGUCGCAAUUGGAAGAGAGUUGCUUGCUCCUUUCUCUUCCCCCAUUGCAACGCUCUGGUGGUAAUGGUAGGGUGGCCAAUGCAGUGAAACCUUCUGUCCACUUUCGAACUUUGGGUACUGACGCGGCGGCAGCAGUAAGUGAGGCGGGUGGCCGGGAAAGCAACGAAGAGUUUGCAGAAGGGAAUGUUGAAGAAAGCGAUCAGACGGCAUUGCAGCAGGAGAAGGGUGAGCGGAAGGACAUUUCGUGGGAAGACGUUGAGCGGCCGCGAGAACGGACGCCACCGCAAAGUGAUCGGGGACAAAAACCGCGCCGGCCGUCGGCACGGUCCCGGCUCGAGAUGCGCGGGAAGCUCUUGAAUGCCCUCAGGCGGUGGGCCCCGGACGUGGACUUGGAUGCUCAGCUACCGGACGGGAAACUAAACGGAAAGGACAUUGACGUUCGCGCGCUGCGAGCAGUCAUCUUCCAGAUCGCAAAGGGGCCAGGGCGGGCUCGUAGGGUCACCAUCGAGGGGGAGGAGGCGGACGAAGGCCCGCAGUAUCGGUGCUCGCAAGAUGACGCGAGGCGGGCGUUGAAUGCGUUUGAGUGGUGGCUGCGACGGGAUACCGGGGCUAAGAAGGAUCCGCUGGAGGAUUUGUUGGAUCCGCUGCUGCAAGUGCUGGCGGCGGCGGGGAUGGGGGAUGAGAUCAUGGGCUUGUGGGAGAAGUACCGCUCUCUUGCCGCCAAAGGCAACGACAUGGUCGUCCAGCAGUUUCUCGGCGCGUGCCUCCACUCCAACAUGCCCGAGAAAAUCGUCCCGAUGUACGAGGAAGCCCAGGCGAACCGCUGGCCGAUGCGCAUGAAAGCUGCCGACAUGGUCGUGCGCGCGAUGCACGAGCUGCGGCGCCCGCGCGACGAGAUCCACGCGUUCUACAAGAGCUGGGUCGAGCAGACGGGGAACGAGCUGAAUCAACGGCCGGCGUUCGUCGCGCUUCUGGAGUCGGGUGUGACCGUGGAAGAGAUCCGGAGCAUGAAGUAUAAGGAGCCCUCGCGCGUCGCGAACCGGCUGAUACAGGCGCUCUCGACGAUCGGAAGAACGGAGGAGGCGCGGGUGAUCGUGCAGGAGAUUUUGGAGCCGGAGGGGGGACUCCAAGCGCUGGGGGUGCUAACAUUGGUUUCAAUGCUCAGGACGUUGAUCCACGCUGGGUUCAUCGCCGAAGCGCAGCAACUCGCGGACAGGCAAGAAGAACUAGGCGUGCGGCUCGACGGCGCGCUCGCGUACGUUCUGAAGACGACGGAGAAAGUGCAGACGGGGCUCGAGGCGUACCGCACGCUGCAGGCGAUCGAGGGGCCGCACAGGCGGAGCUUGUCGGUGCAAUCGAUGCUGAUCAAGAAUGUCUAUGCGAAGCUGAACCAAACGGAGCUCAUGUAUCAGGCGUACUUGGCUGGACGGGAGUUCGAGGGCGAAUUCCACGCGGGCAUCCUCUCUGACGUCAUCCAACGGCUGGCGUUGGCCAACCGGGUCGCCGAAGUGGAAGAGGUGCUGGCGGACUACUUCCGGGCGCGGCGAGAGUCGCAGGACGUCUCGGUCCUCCCCGAAAAAGCCUUUGAGGAGAUUGCCGAAAUGUAUCUACGAGACGCCCGGCCAGAAAAGCUCGUCGCGCUUGCAAAGGAGAUGGUCAACCAGAACCACUUCGUUGCCAGCGGCCUGAUGACGCACUGGGCCAAGCUGCUGAUUGCCGGCGACCUCAUAGCGGAGUCUCAGGAGGUGCUGGACGCCCGAGACGUGAUGAACGAACUGCGGGCAAAGUGGAUCGAGAAGAUGCGGAAAAAGGGGGUGUGGGUGAGUCGCCCGCGAAGAGAGACAGGGGAAGGGGAGAAAGUGGAAGCGGAAACGGAAACGGAAACGGAAGCGGAAGCUGAGAAGGGCGGCGAAAGAGCGGAGGAGGAAGAGGAUGGACAGAGCGUGCAAGUAGAGAAAAGAAGAUGACGUGUGUAGAGGGAAAGAGCUUGGGGUUUGUCCACGACCAGGAGUUUGAUACUGGUGCGCAGAAAGCAACAUCAAAGCGGACGUUAUUCGAAGGCGUUUGAAUUCGAGAGCUGAUCAAGGUGAGCUAAAUUCCAAGUAGAAGAAGAACUUAGUAACCAGGACAGGAUUGAGAGCUUAGUUGGGUAUUUCCCGCAUGUUUGGCAAGCUCACCUCGAGGAUCACGGUGAAAGGAUGAAAAUUUCAAUGCGGACCAUCCCAAUCAUCUUGGUAACCUUAAAGUGGGCGUCCGAUUUCAAAGGUCCGGAAAUGCACACUCCGUGCAUCUGAGUCUUUUUUUAACGGACCAGAUUGCAACUUCGACCAAUUUAGGGCCCCACCACCGUAGAUGGCCUUGGGGUGUCCAUGCAUGGCCUACGCCCACUUUAAUUGCUCUGCGCGAUCAGAUUGAAGCACCAGAACCCAGUAUCAUUUGUCCGUUUUGGUCGGCGGACCAUUGGCAUGCAUGAUUGUUUGAAGGAGCCGCUUACCGUCUUAUGAAGGUUGUACUUUCUUUGCAUAUGCUUCGACAACGUGAGCCCGAUCCGAAGUCCACCUUGGCACCUACAGUAACACGUGUGUGCGCGACGGUUAGCAAUCGUUGGAAAGUGCUCCUAGCUUCUAUCCGACGGCACGGGAUCGCUUUGAUCGAGUUGCAGAUCUUCCAUCACGAUCUCCGGUCACUGACUCAGGCCCUGGAAAGUCAUUGUGCAUGGCACUGAGUCUAAAUCGUACUAUAGUAAAUUACC